AUGGUAGUCAGUGCCCUGGUGCUCAUGGAUAGCCUGGAUGCCAUUCCAAUGCUCAGAGAGGAUGGGGCCUUCACCUCAGUUUUCAGGCAGAACACAGCCCAUGUGCAAGCACUUGGCAGGGAUUGGGCUGACACUUCAUCGUGUUUGGAAGACAAAACAUCAAUCCACAGGCUUUAUGUAGCAGAAACAGUGUAUAACAUCACAAGAGAAGAUAACAUGUCAAGUCUUAAAAGCACUUCUGUUCGGAAUGCUGCUGCAAAGAGUUCUGUAUUAAAUGAAGAUAAUAUGUUACUCCCUGAAGAUUCUUUUGCUCUGGUAUAUACCGUACCUGCAGAAAAUGGUUGUGUUCUAAAGAAUGCUACAGGUGAAUUGGAUGUCUUGCUUUUUUCUCUAAUUGAGAAGUGAAUUGCAGUCACAAUUCCAGUGUCUUCAACAUUCAUUGUGGCACAGAGUGGUGCUAUUUCUAAUGGACUUGCAGGAAAUAGAAUGUCCCUAGAUGGGAAGGGCAGACUUAUUAAUAAAGAAGUAAUAUUGCUCCUUUCUCCCCCAGCAUCAUUCUUGGUGAGUGCUGUGACUGGCUUCAAAAUACUUCUAACCAAGUAUAAAUGUCUCAGCUCUGCUCCAACUUUGACUGAAGAAGCCGUCUUGAAGCAGAAGUGUUUAAUGACAACUGAGAUCUAA